UCUACAUUCGAACGUCGGCGGACAGUCUGGGCUCCCUUUGAUACUUUGUAGCCCGUGCGCCCGGGCCCGGACGUUCUAGAACGCCGCGCUGCGGCUCCGACUCUGCGGCGGUAGCGACUGAGGCGCGCGCCACAGCCCGGCCCGGGCUUUUAACGACAUGGAGCUGGCGGCUGCCGCUAAGAUACCUGAAGAGGUGGCUGACAUUUUCAACGCCCCCAGUGAUGAGGAAGAUUUUUUUGGGUUUGGAGAUGAUGUUCCGAUGGAAACACUGUACCUGGAAGAGAGCUUUGACUCCCCAGAGCCAGGGAAAAAGGACAUUGGUUUCCAUCCCAAGUACAUCACAGAUGAGCUGAGAAGGAUUUUCACUGAAGAGACCGACUCAGAGACAGAAGAUUUUGAAGGAUUUACCCAGAGUGAGCUCAACAGUCACCCAGAGCUAAUGCUCACGGAGUCAGAAAUGAGUGAUGAAGAUGCUGGAGACAGGCUUGUAGGUAGUGAAGAGGAGGAGGAGGAGGAGGAAGAAGAAGAGGAGGAAGAGGAGGCUAAAACGAAGACAGCCUCCAAAAGAAACAGCUUUGGUCUUCGGGUUGCCUUCCAGUUCCCCACAAAGAAUAAAGCUGAUAUAAAAACCAGGUUUUCUGAGCCAUCCUUUUCUAGCUUACAUUUUGAUGAGAGUGAAAAACCAAAGGCCUUGAGAAGAAAGAAAAAUGGUAGACCAGGGAAGAAAGCCACGGAAGGGUCUACCUCCGAGUCUGAGGAUGACUCCAGGGACGUGGGCCAGGCUGACUCGGACGCUCUGCUCAAAAGGGCCAUGAACAUUAAGGAAAACAAAGCCAUGCUUGCUCAGCUGCUGGCAGAACUGCAUUCUCUCCCAGAGCUAUUCCCGGUACAGACACCGAGUCCAGCUUAUAAAAAGAAGCCAGUGAGGCGGGCUUUUUCAGAGGGACAGAUAACUCGCCGUACCAACCCCACCCGCAGUGCCCGGCCUCCAGAGAAAUUUGCUGUGGAAAACUUUACAGUGUCCACAAACUUUGAAGAAGACCUGUGUGCUUUCAGGAGACGGAAAAAGAUGAGUGGGGGUAAAGGCCGUGUGUAUAGAAAACGGCGUCUAUCGUCAUUCCGGCGAGUGGAUGAAAUCACUGAAGAUGACUUAGAAAAUAUCGCCAUAACUGUUAGAGAUAAAAUCUAUGAUAAAGUUCUGGGUAAUACGUGCCAUCAGUGCCGACAGAAGACUAUUGAUACUAAGACAGUGUGUCGGAACCUGGACUGUGGGGGAGUGAGAGGGCAGUUCUGCGGCCCAUGCCUCCGUAAUCGUUAUGGGGAAGAUGUAAGAUCAGCUCUCUUGGACCCGGACUGGGUGUGCCCUCCCUGUCGUGGGAUUUGCAAUUGCAGUUACUGUCGGAGGCGUGACGGCCGCUGCGCUACUGGGAUCCUCAUCCACCUGGCCAAAUUUUAUGGCUACAACAAUGUGAAAGAAUACUUGGAAAGCAUACAGAAACAGCUGGUUGAAGACCAUUAAGAUGCAGGAGAAAGCAGCUGGCAAGACCCCCCCCCCCAUUGGUGUUCCCAAUGUGACCCAUUGUUGGGAUGGUUUAUUUGUACAGGAAGCAGCUGUGGGGGGGAAUGAAGCAGUUUCACGUC